GCCCAGGCGAAACAACGUGCAGGUAGGGCUGGCCGCACGGGUCCAGGAAAAUGCUAUCGUCUUUACACAGAACGCGCCUACAGAGAUGAGAUGCUGGCUACUAACGUUCCUGAGAUUCAGAGAACUAACCUGGCCAGCACAGUACUUCAGCUGAAGGCAAUGGGUAUCAACGAUUUGCUCAGUUUUGACUUUAUGGACCCUCCACCGCUCCAGGUCAAUAUCGCAUUCUUUUUUCCAACUAGCAAUAUUUUUCUUUUAGUUAAUAUUAGUUCAACUCUUUAA